UUUACUGUGCUUUUGUUUUGUACCUGUACAUCAAAUAGAGAUGCUUUCAAGAAAGAAGAGUUGCUCUGCAGUGGCCCCGCUAUCUCAGCUCAAGAUGUACAGCUUCAUGGGAGGGGGCCUUUUCUGUGCUAUUGUUGGUAAUAUCCUGUUGGUUGUCUCCACUGCCACUGACUACUGGAUGCAGUACCGUCUGUCUGGAAACUAUGCCCACCAGGGUUUGUGGAGGUACUGCAUGUCCAACAAGUGCUUCAUGCAGACUGACAGCAUAGCUUACUGGAAUGCCACCAGGGCCUUCAUGAUCCUCUCUGGGAUGUCGUGCUUCGCAGGCAUCAUCGCUGGCAUCAUGUCCUUCUCCCACUUCUCUUCCUUUGAAAGGUUCAACCGCUCCUUUGCAGCAGGAAUCCUGUUUUUCAUCUCCACUUUCUUUGUUCUGCUGGGUAUGGCCAUUUACACCGGAGUGACCAUCAACUUUCUAGGGAAACGAUUUGGGGACUGGCGCUUCUCCUGGUCCUACAUACUAGGAUGGGUGGCCAUGCUCAUGACCUUUUUUGCAGGUAUUUUCUACAUAUGUGCCUACAGAAUGUGUGAAUGCAGGAGAGGAACAGGCCCACGCUAGAUGAAGAAACACACGGUUUGUUCAAAACCACUAUGAAGCACAUGACCACUUUGAAUGGAGGACAGAUGGCGGGCAGUCUUAAAUGAUCUGCUGAAGAUUUGGUGUCUGAUGCUGCUCCUUCAGUCCUUCUCUGGUCUGCUCAACACGUUUCCUUUGGAGUCAUUUUCUAAGUCAAGGAAAAGGCAUG